GAGAAGGUAGCGUAAAAUCCACUACCACAGGCCAGUCAGUUGCCAGACGCAGAACGGGAAGGCUGUGUUACUCCUCGCUGCGCCACCCCAUGACACCUGCCCCGGCGUGCACCUGAGUCGCAUUGAGUGUGUGAUCGUGUGCGCUUGUGACUUCCUCCGACUGUCGGGACUUGCUACGAACCUUCUUCAUUUCCAGCGCAUUCUCAUCAAGUCUGGCCAGAGCUCAUUGACUGGGUGGCUGGCUGGGGGAAAAUUAACACGAGGCAACAGACAAAACAGCAGCAGCGAGGGGAAACCAUGGAUAUAAUUGACAGCACACUGGCGGACUUCGCUGAGAACGACCUGAAGGAACUGUGGGACUCCGACUACUAUGCGGACUCGCUGAGGGCGCCCUCCGGAAUGCAUUGGCCAUACAAGGAGGCACUGAAGGUGGCAGGAGACGUGGACUGGACGGGGGUGCUUGAAGGAGGAGGCGGGGGGCGGCACUGGUGGAGGCGGCGGUGGGAGCAGCGGUGGUGGCAGCGGUGGCGGUGGCGCUACCGGUGUGGUGCUCAAUGACAGGCUGAUCACGGAGGCUUCUCUUGGCGUCAUCUCCCAGCUGAGCUCUCUUGGAAGCUUCGGAGGCUUCAGUAGUCUUCUCAACUCCCACUCGCCCCUUGAACACGCCCCCUAGUACAGCCGAUGCCGCGGACAAGACAGAUGCCACCACCAGCACCGCCACAGCUGCCGCCGCAGACACCACCAGCCCUGUAGUGAAGGUGGAGCAUUCCUACAGCCUCACCUCUGAUAGCAGUCACCCGCACUCACCUUUGUCAGACCUUGAGAGCGAGUGCUUCCCCGCCAUCCCCAUCUCAGAGGCAGAGGGCAGCGGCGGCGGGGGCGUCACCACUACCACAACCACCACCACCACCACUACCGCCACCACCACCAGAUUCACCACCAUCAUUACGGACAGGAGCGCUACCAAUUCCACUUCCAACACGACCACCACCGCCAGCGCUCCCAUCAGCAUCACCACCACCACCUCCACCACCAGCGCCGCCGUCAAAAAGGCUACCAAUGGGGCGUCCUCCGCGUCCUCCUCCUGCGCCUCCCAGUCAUCGUCAGAGAGUGGGACGUAUGACAUUCUCAGCGCCCACCCUAGCCUGAGUCCCAGUGCCCUUCUCGCCAUGCCCUCCCUCAAGACGAGCAUGGGCCUGGUUCGCCCCAGCGCCGUGGUGGUGACCCAGAGGAGCGGCACCGGGGUCGUCCACUCCUCCACCUCCAGAAUCGGCCUCUCCUCUCUUACCCUCAGACUCCCCUCGUCCACCUCCACCGCGACGACCUCCUCCACCUCCCCAACCACCUCGUCCUCUCCAUCUUCCUCCACUGACACAGGGUUCUACUUGCCGCCCACGCCGCCCUCCUGUUCCAGCAGCGACAGCGAGUGCGGCAGCCAGUCACCCAUCCGCACGCCGCCGCUGUACGAGACACUCACGCCGCAGUUCUGCAACCCCCGGAAGGUUGGAACGCGCGUUUCCAUCUCCACCAGGAACCCCAUCAACACCCCGCUCAUCUCCACCCAGCCCAAAGGAGCCACGGGAGCGAUCAACUUGACGGAGGAGGAGAAGAGAACUUUGCUCUCCGAGGGUUACAGCAUUCCCAGCCGCCUGCCACUCACCAAGGCCGAGGAAAAAUCACUCAAGAAAAUCAGGAGAAAAAUAAAAAAUAAGAUCUCCGCGCAAGAGUCGCGGCGCAAGAAGAAGGAUUACAUGGACGCCUUAGAACGCAAAGUUGAAAAGAUCAGCAACGAAAACCUGGAAUACAAGCGACGCAUCGAGCUACUGCAAACGUCCAACUCGCAGUUGUUACUGGAGCUGCAGCAGCUGCAGUGCCUGGUGGAGCAGGACGAGAAGUACCGCCUUAGGUCCUCGCCCAUCGCCACGCUGCUCUCCUGAACCUUGCAUUGCUUCGCCCCGCGGUCAGGGUGAGCACACGCCUGAAGCGGGUGCACAAGCGUGGCGUCCCGGACCGUGCUCCCCCCAGCUGUGAGUGAGAAAAGGUUCUUUCACUACAAGUGCCUUCGUCUGCUAAGCCUCGUGGCAUUACUUGUGCAGCAGCAGUGCGUCCCCAGUGCGUGUGUCGAGGCGCCGCUCUUCCCCAAGGAGCGUGUCCACAUAGGCCUUAAGGUGUUGAACAGUUUUCAAGAGUUUAAUUUAAUGUUACUUUGCGUGUUAUAUACGGAGGAAGGGAAAUACACCACCUGUUGUGAUGAUUCCAAUAUUGUAUGCAAUGAUUCGAGUGCUACAAACUCACCGGCUCCUUCCAUAACCUUGCGGCGCAGCGAUGGGCGGGGGAGUGGGAAGAAUGGAAUAGCGUGAUUGAAAGAGAGAGAGAGAGAGAGAGAGAGAGAGAGAGAGAGAGAGAGAGAGAGAGAGAGAGAGAGAGAUUCAUUGCUUAUCUAUGAGCUGAGUGUAUCCAGUGCAUGAAUGGAGGGGUGAGGAUGAGAGGCCCAGCACAAGUAGUUAGCGAUCCGUCUUCUCUGGACCGUGAACCAGCCCGCAGCGCCAUGGAGGGAGCACGUGAGUUGUUGGGAAUCGUGACACAUUGAGGCGUUCUUGAAAGACUUGAGACAUUCCUAUUUAUUUAGCUCACUGAUAAUGAUGGUCUGCGCCCCUCCCUCCCUCCCAGCGUGAGGGCUUACGGGGGGGACCAGGCGAAGCAGAACUCUCAAGGUCACGAUUCCUGGUGCUGUGUUACGCAAUCCUAAGUAGUUUCACUAUGUUCAUUGUUACGUUAUCUUUGCAACUGGGAGGCUAAAGUGAGGCUCGCGAGGCCCCUGCGCUGGGGCGUCGGGCCCAAGGAUCUCCGCUUCAACAGACACACAGUCUGGCGCAAGCAUUGAGGUGUCAGUCAUGUAUAAAUGUACAAAUCAUAUAUUUUUAAGAAAGAAACACUUAUUCCGAAGUACCAAAACCCUGGUUGAGGAUUCGUGGACCAAGCGGAGUGAGGCGGCUGUCCGCCUCACCCGCACGCCUGCCGUGCCGUCCACCUAAAACGAUGUUCUAUUUCUGUACAAAGGAUUUUUUGACAUUAAAAUUGUCAUGAUUGUAAAGUCAAUUUUUAUCAUUUUAUAGUUUAUUUUGAAGCUGGACAUUGUGGCGUGUCUGUUAGGUGUGAGUACAAUAUCACAGCAAACCGUCUGUAUUAUUUUUGGCCAAAGUGCAAUACUGAGCGUGUUUUGUCGAGGGCGGCGGCGAGGCGGCUGACGGAGAGGUCGUGGCGGCGACGCGGCCCACCCAGGUUGUGAAGCCACGCGACCGUGAAACCGACACACCCUGCCUGAGCGUGCCUCGCCCCGCCCCCUCACUAGAGUGAAAAAAAUACACAGAACAGACUGUUAA